AUGGGACAUCGACGUACAUUCAGCCAAAGGUCCCCCGAAGCGCGAAUCAUCGUACUCCUCAACCGGCAGUUGAGCGCGUACCUGGGAGGGCAAGUGUUGAACAACGGGAAACUAGAACACUUCCGUGGAGCCAUCGCCAUUCCAGAGUUCCUCCAGGUCGUGAGCUACGUGAACUCCGAGGUCAAGUGCCGCCUCUUCUCGACGCUACGGGAGGUUGAGGAGCUGGAAAGCGCGGUUUCGGGAAGUGAUUUCACUGAGCUUGUGGUGCAGUUCUGCAUCAUUGUGCAAGCGAACCACUUCCUUCGUCCGUAUCCUCAUGUGGAAGAGUCGCCGGACGAUCACGCUUGGAUUUUCCGACAUUUCCAGAACUUCGAAGAAAUCGCGUACCUUCGCUCCCGGCUCAAGUUCCCGCUUUCGGCGAACAGACUCCACCGAGCCAUGAGCAUCGGUAUCGAGAAGAGGAUCCUCGCGUGCACCGGUUCCCACGAGCCCACAUGGCAGAGCUGGUUGAUGGUGCUCAGGGAAGGCGGUCUGGACUGCGUUCAGCGAACGUUCCACGUGACGGAGUUCAUACUCCUUCUUCUGAAAGACCUCCCCGCCGAAGUCCAUCGAGGGAACAGCCGGAUCAAAAUUCUGUUGUACGCGGACGACGUAGUCGUAUACAGUCCGGAACGCCUACUCGUCCAAGAAGCUCUAGGCAGACUGAACACAAUGUCGAAGACGCUUGGACUAGCGGUCAACACAGAAAAGACGGAGGCAAUGAACUGUCGAAAAGGAGGAGGAAUAUCAGUGAAGGAUGUUCUAACGAUAGGAGGCAACAGACUUAAAUUCGUGAAUAGCUUCAAAUACCUCGGGGUCACGAUUCAUCACUGCGGAUCCUCGUUCACGGGGCACGUGAAAGACCGAUGCAACCGAGCGACCCUGGCCAUGCGAUCUAUAGAAUCCCCUCACAUGCUAACGGUCAACACGGCACUCCGCCUGUUCGACAUCAAGAUCGCACCAGUAGCCGAGUUCGGAAUUGAACUAGUCUGGCCAUUCCUCACGGCCAACGAUAUGACAGCUCUUGACAAAACGAAGGCCACAUUCAUCAAGCGAACCCUCCGGCUUCACCACACGACGAGGAAUCGCCUGGCCUACCUGUUGACGGGUGCUUCGACCCUCACGGAGGACGUUAAGAAGCGACACAAGCUAGAAGAAACUGAAGCAUACAAGACCCACCAACGCCAUUUCGAGUCUGAACGAAAGAAGGACCACCCAUCACUCUUCUGGGAUUGUUGCAAUAUCGGUCGUUUCAACUUGAGCAAAUUCCAAAAUUUCCCCCCUCUCUUACGACAACUUUUCCAGCGGACUCCUGAAAUUCCUUCAGACUUUUCCCGGCUCCAGAGAAAUUUUCACGAUCUCAUCCGAAAUUACAAUUCGUCCCUAGCCAUGGCGUCAAUGGGUGCGAGAAUCGAAUUGCCGCGUGGACCGGGACCUUAUUGCUUCCGCAUACAUGGGCAGAUAUAUCAUAGUAUAGGCUCCUUACACCCCGAUGAAGGCCAGCCGAGACGAUACGGCCAGCUGUACAUUCUAGAUACUGAGCAAGCAGCGGCACAACGGCUUCGCUUGCCUUAGAAUGAGCAUUGCGAUCCCGAGCUCCUCAAGAAUUUAGGUCAACUCCUGUCCUCAAUAAACCCUUAUGCGAGAUCUUUCAAGAUGAUGUCAGAAGUUGAAGACGCGGAGCGAGCCACCGCCCAGCGUCAAAAUCGACCGAAAAUGACACUCCGAAUGGUUUUCCAUGACUUUCAACCACAUGGGCUCUCAGGCCGACUUUAUGACGUACCGACGGUGAAUGAGGUUGCCAUUAUUUACGUUGGAGAUGACGGAGAUGUACCAGAAAAGCGAGCAUUAGCUGUCCAUGAAAGAGGGGGUACUUUAACAACCAUUCCUGACCUUGAUAAACGCGGGGAUCCCUUGACGUAUCCAUUACUGUUCCCGGACGGCGCCGAAGGUUGGCAUCCAGAUUUACUUGACACGCGAGGGAAGCGGAUUACGCAGAAACAAUAUUAUGCUCAUUUAUUCUCGAUCAGAGACUCUUUCAAUCCGAUACUUCACGCCGGCAAACUCUUCCAACAGUUUGCCGUUGAUUCCUUUGUGAAGAUCGAGCAGAACAGACUGAAUUUCCAUCGUCAAAAUCAAGACAAGCUGAAAGCCGACAGUUAUCAAGGUUUGCGGGAUCAUUUGUCGGGCGUUGACGAUAUUGCUGGUCCAUCCGGUCGUCGACUCAUAUUGCCUUCAACCUUUAUCGGAUCUCCGCGGAGCAUGCAACAAAAUUGUCAGGAUGCCAUGGCAAUCGUCGCUCGCUACGGUAAGCCAGACAUUUUCAUGACCAUCACAUGCAACCCACAAUGGAGGGAGAUUCAGGAAAACUUGCUGCCAGCUCAAGUGCCCAGUGAUCGCCCCGAUUUGAUAGCGAAAGUUUUUAAGCUUAAGCUAGAUUCGAUCUUCGAUGAUAUUCUCAAGGGUCAGGUCUUCGGUAAAGUGAUCGCUUACGUGAAAGUUAUUGAAUUUCAAAAGAGGGGACUACCGCACUGCCACACUCUGCUCAUUCUGAAGGAAGAGCACAAACUCCGCGAUUCCGAGGCCGUAGAUCUGAUAUGUUCGGGUGAGAUCCCCGACCCCGACACUGAGCCCACUCCACAUGAAGCCGUCAAGAGGUUCAUGCUCCAUAAGAAUUGCGGAGUAUUCAACCCUGCAGCACCAUGCAUGAAAGAUGGCAAAUGUUCCAAGAAGUUCCCCAAGGAACUGAGAAAUGAGAUCUCACUUCUACACGAUGGCUAUCCUCACCUUCGUCGAAGGAACUUCUUCCGAGCAGAGGUCGGAGAUGUGUCCUAUUCAGACGAGUGGGUGGUUCCGUAUAACCCGUAUUUCUUGCUCAAAUAUUAUUGUCAUAUAAAUGUGGAAAUCUGUGGUAUGAUUUCCUCGGUCAAGUAUUUGUACAAAUACGUGUAUGAAGGUACAGAUCGGGCCAUGAUCGACAUUCAAUCUGGGGAAGGCAUCGAUGAGAUAUCCAACAAUGUGAAUGCCCGUUACGUGUGUGCACCCGAAGCGAUGCACCGAAUCGGGGGAUACGAACUUCAAGAAAAGUCGCAUACUAUAGUCAGACUUGCCGUGCAUCUCCCUGACCAACAGACUGUCACUUUCGUAGAAGGAACAGAAGGCCCAGCAUUGAAUCGAGCUGCCCACAGAUACACAACUUUGACAGCUUUCUUCAGCUUGAACGAAAAAGCAACCGACAAUUCUGAUUCUUCAGGGGGACCCACCGACGAACGUGAUCUCCUCUAUUAUUAUGAGGUACCAGAAUUCUACGUUUUCAAGCCCGAUAUAGGAUGGAAACCGCGGCAGCGCGCUAGCAAAGGCAUCAUUGGCCGCAUGUACACUGUGUCGCCGAGAGAUCGUGAGCGAUACGCUCUGCGCAUACUACUCCUGAAUACGCGAGGGCCAACGUCUUUUGAGAAUUUGAGGACGAUAAAUGGGAUACAACACGAUUCAUUCUUAGAAGCGGCCAAAUCGGCAGGCCUCAUGUCAGAUGAUAGCUCAUUCAGGAACAGCUUGCAGGAAGCCGCGUCAUUCCAGAGUCCAGCAGCCCUGCGGACUUUUUUCGUUUGCCUGCUUGAUUUUUCCGAGGUUCUUGAUGCUCAAUCACUUUGGGAUGAUUUUUCAUCGUCGAUGGCUGAAGAUUAUACGAGACGCGGAAUCCCUCUCGAUACUGCUCUCGCUCUGGCGUACAACGAAAUCGCCGCCAAAUUCGAAUGCGCGGGCGAGAAUUUGGAAACUCUGAUCAAAGCUCCGCUUGCGGAGAUCCCCACUGAUCUACCAACAUCUUUGAAUCUGGAAUUCAAUGCGAUUCAAGGGUCUAUCAUGUAUUCGAAGCUCAACAAGGAGCAGAAAUUCGCCGCAGACAAAAUACUGGCUGCUAUCCGAAAUAGGCGUGCUAUUUGCCUCUUCGUCGACGGUCCAGGAGGUUCAGGGAAAACAUUCCUGUACAAGACUCUGUAUAACAUGAUAACCGGCGAAGGAGCAAGGGUUCAGUGCACGGCAUGGACUGGCAUUGCAGCGAAUCUAAUGCCUAGCGGUCGAACGGUUAAUUCUCUUUUCAAGCUGAACGUUCAGGACCGAAAUCGGUCUUCGUCUUUGAAGCGCCAGCAAAAGGGUGCGAGGAUUUUCUACGACCUGGAUUUAUUAAUUUGGGAUGAAAUUUCAAUGGUCCCAAGAGCGGCGUUUGAGACAGUAGAUUCACUUUUGAGAGACAUUCGUCAACACGAUUCACCCUUAGGUGGACUCACGGUCGUGAUCGGUGGAGAUUUCCGUCAAACUUUACCAAUUGUUGAACGCGGUACCAUUCUCGACGUACUUGAUGCAUGUGUGACUCGUUCUGUUUUGUGGUCCGAGUUCGAGCUCUGUUCUUUGAAAGAAAACAUACGUGGCAGACGCGGCGGUGAAUCUUGGCAAAACUUCUUAUUGCAAGUUGGAGAUGCGACUCUGAACGACGCCCACGGACGCACAGCGAUUCCUCCACAUUUCUUCUGUCAAGGAGAUUUAGUUCAGGAAAUUUAUGGAGAUUCGAUCACCGCUUCGAACGUACUCGAUCUCGCAUCCAAGGCAAUCUUAUCGCCAAAGAACACCGACGUCGACAGCAUCAACGAAAAAGUAUUAGAAAAACUUCAGGUUUCUGAUCCACGCUACGAAAGCCAUUUGCGAAGCAUCGAUGAAAUCGCUGACGAUGAUCAGGAGGACCAAGCAUUGUAUCCGAUCGAGUACCUAAACAGUCUCAACCCCCCUGGAAUGCCUCCACACCACCUGCAUUUGAAGAAAGGUGCCAUUGUAAUGCUCUUGCGUAACUUGUACGUCACUGCUGGACUUUGCAACGGAACUCGACUCAAAGUUGAGAGCAUCGGUCGUUUCGUACUGGGUUGCAGAUUUAUCACGGGGGCCAGAAACGGCGAAUUUGUCAUCAUUCCGCGCAUCGACAAUUACAGCGAUUCCAAAUUACCCUUUCGAUUGAAAAGGAGACAAUUCCCGGUGCGUUUGGCUUUCGCCAUGACCAUCAACAAGAGCCAGGGCCAAACUUUCAGCAAAAUCGGCAUAUAUUUGCCCACCAAUCUCUUCAAUCAUGGACAACUAUACGUCGCUUUAAGCCGAGUGGCUUCUCCAGAUGACAUUAAAAUCAAGACUAAAGAUAACAGUCAUCCCAUCAAGAAUGUAGUCUACCCGAAUCUUCUAUUGUGA